AUGAAUGGAGGUAUGGAGGCAACAUCCCAACACCAAGUGUGGGCGCAGGAUGACCUACUCCAGUUGUUGGAGGCCAUGAAGUUGGCGCUGCCGCAAAAGGACCUGACCAAGUACAAAACAUCCGAGUCCCACCUGGACUGGCAGAAGGUCGCCUUCAAUUCCUACACAGCCGAGAUGUGCAAGCUAAAGUGGCAGGAGGUCUCCAAAGAGAUUCGUAAAUUCCGGACCCUCACAGAGCUGAUAUUUGAUGCUCAGGACUACAUCAAGAAUCCUUAUAAAGGCAAGAAAAUAAAGAAACAUCCGGAUUUCCCCAAGAAGCCUCUAACGCCUUACUUCCGCUUCUUCAUGGAGAAGAGGGCAAAGUAUGCAAAAUUGCAUCCAGAAAUGAGCAACUUAGAUCUGACCAAGAUCUUGUCCAAGAAGUACCGUGAGCUGCCGGACAAGAAAAAGAAAAAAUACGUGGAUGACUUCUUGAGAGACAAAGAAACAUUUGUGCACAGCAUGAUGAGGUUCAGAGAGGAACACCCAGACCUAAUGGAGAGCAUGACCAAGAAAGGCUCAAAUGUUCCCGAAAAGGCCAAAACUCCCCAACAGCUGUGGUACAACCAUGAAAAAAAGGCCUUCCUAAAAGGCCACCCGGAUGCCACCACGAAGGACAUCAAGGAUUGCCUAGGUAAGCAGUGGACACAGCUCUCGGACAAGAAGAGACUUAAGUGGAUCGCCAAGUCACUGGAGCAGCAGAAACAAUAUGAGGAAACGAUGCGCGAGUACAUCCAGCAACACCCUGAGAUGAAUCUAACACAGGGGGAUAUUGUCAAGUCCACACUGACCAAAGCCGAGAGGCACCUGAAAGACAAAUCUGAUGGGCGGCCCGACAAACCUCCGCCGAAUGGUUACUCCAUGUUCUGUGCUGAGCUUAUGUCCAGCAUGAAGGACGUACCCAGCACCGAGCGCAUGGUGAUGUGCAGCCAGCGCUGGAAGUUGCUGAAGCAGAAUGAGAAGGACGCCUACCAGAAACGCUGCGAGCAGAGGAAGAAGGAGUAUGAAAUUGAAAUGAACAGAUUCCUUAGCGGUUUGCCCGAGGAAGAGCAGCAGAGAGUUCUAGGUGAGGAAAAGGUGGGAUUCAAGAGAGGUACCGUGGCUAACAGCCCUGCGUCCAAAAAGAAGAACUCCAAAGCUAAGGCCAAUCCAGAGAAACCCAAGCGACCCAUCUCGGCGAUAUUCAUCUUCUCCGAGGAGAAGCGUCCAAAGCUCCACCAAGAGCGUCCAGAUCUCUCCGACAGUGAGCUAACACGGCUGCUGGCGCGCAUGUGGAACGAGCUACCUGACAAGAAGAAGGAGAAGUACAAACGAUUGGAGGCUGUUUUGAAGGCCGAGUCAGAAAAGAAAGAGGACCGCAGUCUGCCCGACCCGCCUAAGACAGCGCAGGACAUUUGGCAGCAGAGCGUUAUUGGAGACUACCUGGCAAGAUUUAAGAAUGACCGUCCCAAGGCUCAGAAGGCAAUGGAGGCUACCUGGAGCAGUAUGGAAAAGAAAGAAAAGAUCAUGUGGAUCAAAAAGGCGGCAGAGGACCAGAAAAGAUACGAGCGAGACCUUUGCGAAAUGCGUUCACCUGUCGCCACAGCUGUGGCCUCAGGGAAGAAAAUGAAGUUUGAGGGUGAACCCAAAAAGCCGCCUUCAAAUGGGUACCAGAAGUUUUCUCAGGAGAUGCUCUCCAACGGUGAGCUCAACCACUUGCCCAUGAAAGAGAGGAUGACUGAGAUAGGCAGCCGCUGGCAGAGGCUGCCUCCAAAGGACAAGGACCGCUACAAAAAGAUUGCCGAGGAGAUGCAGAGGCAGUACAAAGUGCUGCUGGAACAGUGGCUUGCUGGUUUACCUUCUCAAGUCAGGAACUCCUAUAAAGAGUACAACUCUCAGAAGAGAAAAUCCCCAGCAAAACCAGGAGGCCCCAAGGCAAAGAUCAAGAAAUCUGACACUGAGGAAGAGGAGGACGACGAUGACGACGACAAUGAAAAGGAAAGGGCUUCCUCUGAAGGAGCGUCCUCCAGUGAUGACGACGACGACGAUGAUGAUGACGACGAUGACAAGGACGAUGACGAUGAUGACGAAGAUGAUGACGAAGAUGAUGACGAUGACGACGACGAUGAUGAUGAGGUGGAUGACAAGGAGAACAAGUCUGAAGACAGCAGCAGCGAGUCCAACUCGGGCGACUCCUCAGACUCUGACUCAGACUGA